AUGGCGAACACAUUGGCAGCACAGAUGUCUCAUCUGCAUGUCUCACACAGCACCAGCACGUCUCUGAGGAGCUUUGAGGGAUUCAAGGCCAGCCACGUUUGCAGACCUGCUCAGGUUUUGGCUGUGAGAAGUCGUCAGGUGGCAGGACACAGGUUGCCACUCAGGAUACAGGCAGCUCGUGUUGGUGGCGUGGAGAUCCCAAACCAAAAGCGCAUCGAGUACUCCCUGCAGUAUGUCUUCGGAAUAGGCCACACAACAGCAAAGGCCAUUCUAUCAGAGACGGGAAUAGAGAACAAGCGGACAAGGGAGCUCUCAGAGGAUGAGCUCACCAGGCUGCGUGACGAGGUGGACAAGUACUCGAUUGAGGGAGACUUGAGGCGUUUCAAUGCCCUCAACAUCAAGCGCUUGAAAGAGAUCCAGUGCUACCGGGGUCGCCGUCACAUUGCGCAACUCCCUGUGCGUGGACAGCAGACAAAGAACAAUGCGCGCACACGCAAGGGCAAGGCAAAGCCCAUCGCUGGAAAGAAGAAGUAG